AUGGAGAGGGUGAUUUUAAAUGUGGGCGGCACCGUUUUUGAGACCACUUAUGCCACAUUGCAUUCAAAACCAGAAACACGCCUAGGAAAGUUGUCGGAAAGCUCAGAGGAGUACUGUCAGGAUACAAAACAGUUUUUCUUUGACAGAAAUCCAGAUUUCUUCAAUUCACUUUUAGACUUUUACAGAACAGGAGAGCUACAUUUGCCAAGUUGCUACUGUGGUGCAAGCUUUCGACACGAGUUGUCGUUCUGGGAGAUACAUGAAGAGGAUCUAUCCGAAUGUUGUCUACAAGUCUACUAUAAGUAUGACAAUGACAGGGACACGCUGAACACACUAGAAACCUCACUAGCUACCCAGGACUACGAUUAUACGGACGAUCAGCGCGCAGCCAGUAGUUUUGUGUGUUUCAAACGAGCAAUAUGGUUACUUCUGGACCAGCCCAAGUCUUCCUUUUUAGCCAAGAUGUUCAACGUCCUAUAUUUCUUCGUGGUGAUAGUUUCCAUUUUGAUAUUUGUGUUUGGAUCAGUGCCAACUUUCCGUGUCGAUAUAGACCUCAGUGUAUUUGACAACGAGACCUUAUGGUAUAUAAUGUCUGAGAUCGACUGGAACAACCCGAAGGACGUGAUGACGUCGUUAACAGUAAUUUAUCCAGCACUUCUUUACAUAGAACGAGCGUGUAUGUUCUUUUUCACAAUCGAACUUGUCCUUCACUUCCUCUCCUCUCCAAACAAAAAUCGUUUUUUCGGAAGCUGGAUGAACGUAUUGGACACUGUUAUCGUUGUUGUAAUGUUGACUGUAUUUGGCCUGGAGAUGAAUUUAAAAGCUGUUCUUGCUAGUACGGCAGGUGUUAUAAUAUAUCUUAUCCUAAAAUCGUUUAUCAUAUGCAGACUCUUUCGGUUAUUUAGACUUGUGAGACAAUUCAGUGCUUUAAGAAUCCUUUUCAUCACUCUGCGGUCCAGCCUUAAGGAACUAGUGCUAUUAGUUGCAGUGUUCUUUAUGUUGGUAACAGUAUUUGCUGGAUUUGUGUAUUAUGCCGAAUUUGCAGAAGCGACUACUUUCCAGGAUAUGUUAGUGGCAAUCUGGUGGGCGAUUAUCACCAUGACAACUGUAGGUUAUGGAGACCAUUACCCCAAGACUAUUCUCGGGCGUGCUGUAGGUGUUUGCUGUGCGAUGUGUGGCAUUCUACUCUUGUCAAUGCCGAUAGCUGUCGUUGCAUCGAACUUCAGCGACUUACACUCCCGGAAUAAGGACAGAGAGCGAAUUCUCCUCAAAAAGCAGAAAAGGGCCUUGUCGAAAGCGUCGGUAUCACCUGUUACAAAGAAGGAUGAUUCAGAAACGGUUUUAGAGUAG